GUAUUAUAGCAUAUAACAGUGCUUCAUGUUCUCUCACGUUUCAUUAUUGGCAUUCUGCUGGGAGAAUUUCUCUGCUGAAACAUUCCUUGUAUUUUGUAUGAUUUUAUUUUCAAAAUAAAAUGGAUAAGUUAUUUAUGCGCGGAUAAUAAGUACAAAGAUACACCGCGAUAGAGACGAGAAUUAUGUUGACCGUGAAGCUGAUACUCUGGAUGAGUUCAGCCAUUACUGUCGCCUCGUUAUUCACGUGUCCGGAGAUGACGAAUUGCGCAUGCGGAGAAGUAAAUGACUGGUGGCUAAAUGAAUGGACGAAUAUUAAAGUCGUCAAUUGUUCUUAUCGCUCCUUAACAAAAAUUCCCGAUUUUAAUCUUCUGAAAGAUAAAACAUUCCACAGAUUAUUACUAAACAAUAACAAUAUAACAGGAAUAAAUCGUGAUGACUUUAAAAACAUAUCAAUAAGAGAAGUUGUGCUACGCAAAAAUCCAAUGAAAAAAAUUGCACGUGAUGCGUUCCAAGAAAUACGACAUGUUUUAGAAAUUCUCGACCUAGAUAGUGAUAGAAUAACAAUUGACGAAGGUUUACGUUUUCUUCAUGGACUUUAUAAAUUAAAAGUCUUGGAUCUAGGCUACAAUCGAUUGAAAAAUGAAUACGAAGAAUUUCCAUCUGAGGUUUUCGCCAAUUCAAAUUUGUCGUCUUUAACCACAUUGACGCUUCAAGCUCUACAAAUGACAAAAAUAGAUGAUGGUGCAUUUUCUGGAAUAGAAAAUUUGGAACAAUUAGAUCUCUCCUACAAUUUUAUUUCCGACUUCCCUUCGGAAUUACGUAAACUAAAGAAUCUGAAAGGUCUGAAACUGUAUUCAAAUGAAUUAACAAGCAUCAAAAAUAAUACGUUUGCCGGUCUAACCAAGUUAAAGAAACUUCUUCUUGGCGUUAACGAGAUAACUGCUGAAAGUAUUGAAUUAGGCGCCUUCAACGACCUAACUGAUUCCAUAGAAGAAAUAAAUUUAUACCAGAAUCCAUUAAUGAAAGUGCCAUCAGAAGUUCUACAAAAUUUAAAGAACUUGAAAAAGCUUAGUCUGGUGAAAACAAACUUAGAAUCUAUUGAAAAUGGUUCUUUUGUAGCUGAUUACAAGCUAGAAGAGUUGCACCUGGAUGAUAAUCCUAAACUUAGUUUUGAAGAUGAAGGAAUGCUCAAUGGAGCUGAAGAUUCACUGCAGGUGUUAUUUAUACGAAGAUUGAAUUUAGAAAAAUUGCCACUCAAAGUAUUAAGACGAUUAGAAAACCUUUAUUACUUGGAUGCAGCCGAUAAUGUUAUCAAAAAGAUAGAUAAACAUUUCUUCAAUGGUCUAAAAUUGUCUCAUAUAAAAUUAAUGUGGAAUCAGGUAAGACACGUAGAUCACAGAGCCUUCAAGAAUAUGGGAAAAGGUAUAAUUCUAGAUCUUCACGGUAACGAUAUUCGCGAUAUUUCAUUUAUUCUGCAUGUUGAAGAAUGCACGUUUCAAGAAAUAUACAUGACUAAAAAUAAAAUUCCAUGUGAUUGCACUGUAGAAAAGGUUCUAAAUAGUGGUUUAGUAAGCUGGCAGGUGAUCGGUGAAUGUUUUAUUGAAACUGAAGGAAAGAAACAGUGGUAUAGUUUUGACGACAGCAACGUGAAGGACCAUUUCGGAAAAGUUUGCAACAAGACCCGCCGUUACGCAUCCUGUUUCCAGAGUACCUCCGACUCCGGCCCGCAAUAUUUAAUCAGCAUAAUUUAUUAUUGUAUAUAUGUAUCGUUUUUAGUGCUUUUGUAGACAAUGUGUUGUAGUAUCAAGAAAUCCAUGUGUAAAAGGGAGAUGAUGUAGCAAUUUGAAAUGUAAAAAAUGCCAAAUGUAACAAUAUAAGGAACGCCAUUCAAAUUUUGCGCUAAAUUUUCACUAAAAGCUCCAGUUGUGUCUACUCUACCGCUGCGGCCCGGUAUUGCUUCAGCUCGGUGUUUGUAUGUGUGUGUAUGUUCGAGUUUUACAUCUUUUUCAAAAACAUUUCCGUCAUAUAAACGAGCCCACUGCCCGACAUUAUAGUGUCGCAUCACUGGAAUAACACGUUGUAGACUCGUGACAUAAUACCACACAAAUUUAAAUUAUAUUGACCUAUUCUAGGUCAUCCUGUUCAUGCCGAAAAGCAAACGAGGAAGCUACUAAUACAUUGUUCUUUGGUAUGAUGCGCCCAGGGAGCGAACUCACGACUUCCAGCGCUCGAAGCGGACGCUCUACCUCUAGUCUACCGAGGCGGUCAAUUUAUAAUAGAGUACAAACAGUAAGUUUAGGAGUAUAUCAUCAAAACACAGAAAUAUUUGAUAAAUUAACAACAUCUUAACCAGCAAUCUACCUGACCAUUUUAUGUUCUGCCAUACUGUCCCGUACGAUGGAUACUUAAAAUCUUCUGAAAAAGCAACCCCCACAAAAUCUAAAUGAAACAUCCGGAAUGGAAAUACAGACUGCUGGACAAAUGCUUCCAAAUAGCAUAAUAUGUAAUUAUGUUAAAAAAAACAACUUUGGAUAAAACUAUUAAUACGUUGCAUUUACUGUUCAAAAAUGGCGUGUUGUUACAUUUAGCGCUUUGUUACAUUUGCUGUUGCAACAGAUGAUAGUGAUAUUUGUUUAACAUUGAUGACGAGAAUAAUGCUGAUAUUAUCGUAUAAUGUAAUUUUUAACUCACCUUAGCACGAAGUGCUCAAGGUGAGCUUUUGUGAUCGCCCUGUGUCCGUCGUCCGUCGUCGUCAAUUUGACUGUUAACACUCUAGAGGUCACAAUUUUGGCCUAGUCUUUAUGAAACUUGGUCAGAAUGUUACCCUCAAUAAAAUCUUGGAUGAGUUUGAUAUUGGGUCAUCUCGGGUCAAAAACUAGGUCAAAUAAAAGGAAAAGCUUGUUAACACUCUAGAGGUCACGAGUUAGAUAUUGGGUCAUCUGGGGUCGAAAACUAGGUCAUCAGGUCAAAUCAAAGGAAAAACUAGUUAACACUGUAGAGGCCACAUUUAUGACUAUAUCUUCAUGAAUCUUGGUCAGAAUGUUAAUCUUGAUGAUCUCCAGGUCCGAUGUGAAUCUUGGUCAAGUAGGAUCAAAAACUAGGUCACCAGGUUAAAUCAAAGGAAAAGCUAGUUAACACCGUAAAGGCCACAUUUAUGAACAUAUCUUAAUGAAACUUUGUCAGAAUGUUAAUCUUGAUGACCUAUAGGUCAUUUUUAAAUCUGGGUCAGGUGGGGUCAAAAACUAGGUCACUAGGUCAAAUCAAAGGAAAAGCUUACUAACUCUCUAGAGGCCACAUUUAUGGCUGUAUCUUCAUGAAUCUUAGUCAGAAUGUUAAUCUUGAUAAUCUUUAAAUCCAGUUUGAAUCUGGGUCAUGUGGGGUCAAAAACUAGGUCACCGGGUCGAAUCAAACGAAAAGCUAGUUAACACUUCAGAGGCCACAUUGACCAUCUCUUAAUGAAACUUGGUCAGAAUGUUAAUCUUGAUGAUCUUUAGGUCAGUAGGUCAGGUGAGCGAUACAGGGCCUUCAUAGCCCUCUUGUUUAUUUAGUCAUCACCACUUAUGUAAUAACAUUGUCAUUACAAAUGACGAAAUUUGUCCAACGCAUCAAAUGUUGGAUUUUCAUGUAAUGCAGUCAUUUACUGAUUUAGCUCUAGUUCUAAUAAAUAUUUCAUUAAGUGAACUUUUUUAUGUGUCAGAACACAAUUUGGUAUGCCAUUGCUUAUCCUUAUUUUAUGUAAGUGAAGUGUAGCUAGGUGUAUGAUAAGUAAACAGUGGUACAAACAAGGAAAGUGUUAUAUAGAAAAAUGUAUGAUAAAUGAUUUUGCAAGUAGCAACCUCAUGAAUUUUUUGUCUGAAUAUUUCCGAAUUAGGUACAAGCAUUUCUGAACAUAGACUAUACCCUGUCUGAACAAUUUAGUAGUCUGAAUCUUUCUGAACAUAGAGUUUAUGUUCUGAACAUUUCUGAAUUUGUACUGACAUGUAUCUGAAAUAUUCAGAAAUGAAUUUCAGAAGAUGAUUCUUCUGAACUUUUACUGAAUGUUUCUGAAAGAUUAAGAAGUGUGUUCAGAUUGUUUCAGAACAUGUUUCUGCUCUGAACUUUAACUUAAAAACAUUCUUGAAAGAUUCAGAAGUAAAAUGCUUAUUUUUUCUAAAUUUCUACUGAAAUGUAUGUCAGAAAUAAGUUAGAAUGUUUCAGGUUUAACAUAUUUUUUUCUGAAUUUACAAUUUCAAAAAUAUUUUUACAAAAAGAAAAUAGAACAUGUAUAAGUAUUCACACUAAUUCAUUACAUUGUUAAGCAAGUGAAAUAAAUCUGUUGCAGAUUUAAAUGAUACAUAUAAAUGAUAUGUUUUAAGGUAAAGAAGGCGUACUGAGUGGGAAUUUCAAAACAAGUUGCAUCCUUGAUAACAUGAUUAAAUAAUAGCAAAAGCUGAUCUUCACACGAUGUACAAUUAUUUAAAAGGUCAAAUGCACACUUUUUACGCAAAUGGCGUCGAAAAAUCACGUUUUAGCCCAUCCCUAUUUGACGUAACCGUUUUUACGGCGAUUAAUUGAGUUUCGGGGCGUCCAUUUAAUUAGAAAAGUUUUGUUUUCGUUUAAUAUAACAUGCCCGUUGAGACCUAGAUGCUGAUGUAAUAUUCAAAUAUGCACUACGACUAUUCGCCGAACGAAUGCUUACUUUAUGCAAAAAUCAUACCAAAAUCUUUCUACGAAAUUAUUGUUUUCGAGCGGAAUGACAAAGUAGUGUGUAAAAACUGGUCCAUAGAUUUUAAAAAAAAAAAACAAAAAAACUAAAGUUAUCAUAUAAAAUGAGCGAAAAAAUAUCGGGGGUCUCCGACUUCGUUUUCGCUGUAUUUUCUUAAUUUUUCCCCUACCCCCAUUUUCACGCGCAGAUUUUAUGCAUCAACAUUUCACAAAGAACUGUUUGUAUUUUAGGGAAAAAUAAGUUAAUCACAAAAAAGUUUACUACAACAUAAAUUUCACUUUAAGCGUAUUCUAAUUUUGUAAGCCAUUUUCCGAUUUCUUUCCGAUUUUUAUUGUCACACUUGUAUACAUGAAUGCAUGUUACACACAAAAAAGCGUAAUGAAAAAAAUAUACUUCUUAUUAAACAUUUUACUGCUCGUUCUCUCCUCCAUAGAUUUUUUAUCAAUUUUCUGAAAAUGUUCCUGAAAUGUUUUUGAAUAGAAUAAGAUUAUAAAAUUCCUUGACUACCGAGUUCAUUUUCAUGCUACAUUAUGCUAUGAAUGUUGGGAAGUUUAAGCACAGUUAAAACGUUACGUCUUUUUUCCCGCGUUUUUCAACAAUUUCACAUUGUCUGUUUGUAGGAUUUAUAAACAGCCUUUAUUGAACGGCUUGUUGCAUCAUUAAUUAGUUUCGGUCCGUUUCAACUGUUUCAUAAAUAGUUAAAUACAAUUUUCCCCGGAAUCCGGAGAUGUUAGUUCGAGCCCGAUUACCUUUAGCAUUCCCAUACCCAACUUUUUUCUUCUUAGGCGUCUUAUCAAGCCGCGAGAACAGCCGCCGCAGAGACUUUCCGAUAUCAGACAGACCUGAGAUUUACAUUUAUUAAUGUAACACUAGUUCUUCUUGCUUCCAAUUUCAUUUGAAACCAAUCAUAGUAUUUCCCUAUAUAACCUAUAUAAAAUGCAAGCAAAAUACGUUUUUCGCUUACUUUAAAGUACAUUUAAUACUGUUUCUCCUCUGAAACAAUUUUUAUCACUGUUAUGACGUGAAAGUAUAACAAACAAAGAAAAUGAUGGUAUAAAAAUAUUUAAUGUAAUUCAAUAGCAUCUUGCUUCCAGUUGCAUUCAAAAACGGCUAAAAUUGCACUUUAGCCACUCUGCCCAAAAUGUCCGAGUUAUGUUCGGUGCUUGAAGUAUUCCGUAGUAGAGGCAAAGAUAUUAUUAGAACUAUUAUAGCUGGAAUACCAUUGUAAAGCUUAAGUUUUUUGGCUGAUUGUUUUAAAAAUAAAAGAUAAAAUAGUGCCUUUAUCCCGUUUUUCGUUACAUAUCGUUUAUUUUAUGUAAACAAAAAAAAAAAAAAAUGGUGUCAAAAAUUACUAUGUAUUUCGGUAAAAGUCAGUCAUGUGUCAUUGUUACAGUCAAAAAAUGUAAAUUGUGUCAACCACGUAUCAUUGAAAUAUUCGAUCUUAGAAUAUAACAGAUUCAGAAUGUCAAAAAUUACAGUUUAUAGUUUUGUAAAUUGUACAUCCACGCUUCACUGUGACUGACAGAAUAUAUCAGUUGCAUUUUUGUAAAAGUGAAAUUAGUGCGUGCGAAAUAAAAAAGUAUAACGUGCAGAUUCAAUAUAGAAAUUUAACAAAAUCAGAAUUCCAAACUGUUUUACAGGGUUUUCGCUUCCAUUACUAUUUAUCAGAAUCGGAUCAGUGCAUAACAGAAUAAAUCACAGCUAUAUCAACAUACGACUGUAUUAAUUUUACGUACAUAAUUUUAUGUAUUACCAGAUUACUAUAUGAUAUAAUGGACUAACACAUAAAUUUAGCACUACUGGAAGUAUAUAAAAUAUUCUACUGAUCCGAGUGUUUAAUUAACAAAUAAUCAAGGACUUCGAGUGGUUUAUCGUCUGAUUUAUCACGGUCAGAGUUUAGAUGCGUAGGAAUUGAACCACGAGGGCGUUAGCCCGAGUGGUUAAAUACUGAAGCAUCUGAACGAUGAACCGUGGUAAAUUAGACGAUAAAUCACAAGAAGGCCUUGCUUGUUUUCAUUCUGACAUGCUCAUUGAUUGUUUAAAUAAAUAUUAUGCUGGACUUCAUUUACGCGAGGAGUAAUGUAUCAGACGUCAUGCGGCAAUUUGACGUCAUAAUUGACGUCAUAAUGCUCCCGCGCGUCAACCGUUGUUUAUCGCAGAUUCUAACAUGGCUCAAUUUGACUGCCAGUUAAACAAAGAAGGAAGUCAAGCUCUGUAUAUUCUGCGAUAAACAACGGUUGACGCGCGGACCGGUAAGAGAGCAUUAUGACGUCAAUUAUGACGUCAGAUUGCCGCAUGACGUCCGAUACUUUACUCCUCGGGUAAAUGAAGUCCUGCAUAAUAUCCAUUAAAACAUGUCAAUGAGCAUGUCAGAAUGAAAACAAAUCAAGGCCUUCUUGUGAUUUAUCGUCUAAUUUAUCACGGUUCAUCGUUCAGGUGCUUCAGUAUUUAACCACUCGCGGGCUAACGCCCUCGUGGUUCAAUUCCUACGCAUCUGAACUCUGAACCGUGGUAAAUUAGACGAUAAACCACUCGAAGGCCUUGAUUAUUUGUUAAAUAUAUAGAGCUUGAUUUUCUUCUUUAUUUAACUGGAAAUCAAAUCGAGCCAUGUUAGAAUUGUAAUUAUCAUACAGCCGAACAAAUAGUUGUCAAAACUAUUCCAAGUUUAAAUAUGAACAAUGGCUUGACAUGAUAUAUCUUUUAACUUGAUAUCUUUUUAUUUAAAAUAGAUUUUAAUAUUACAGUAAUUUUGAUUUUAAAGUAAAAUAUCAUAUAUAUAGCAUGUUGGCUGCUUUGCUAAUUAUAUACAAGGGUGUAAUGUGUUUCUGAUUGAUAGCAAAGUGUUAAGUAUUGUAGCUGUCAGCAUGACAAUAUGAUAAAACUUCUGUUAACACAGCAGGUAUCCGCGCCUGUAUAAGGGUCAGCUAUUAAAAGAAAAACUUCAUGAUGAAAAGAAAUGAAAGAAAAUAAACUCGAUGUUUAAUUAAAUCAUCAUAUUUCUAUCCUAAAAAUAUAUCCUAAAACGUUGACUUUCUCGGAAAUUAUUGAAUACUUUUGAUCACAGAAUUGCGAGUUUACACAACUGCAUGCAGUGUGUGCUAUCCAUACGGAUAUAUACAACCAGAUGUUCUGUUGCGCAACAUUAUCAUACUUGAUUAAAGGUCCAUUACUAAAACCCGAACGAGUAUUAUAUGAAAACCAGAGUUUGUAGCUGAGACUUCCUAUUUACUGAAAAUAUGGCCCACUGCAUCGGUUCUGACCAAAUAGUCAUGAAAUUGUUCAAGAAUAACUAACAAAUAAACAAAAAAUGUUGCCUAUGUCAAACCAUAAGUAUGCUUUUCGACUGCUUACGAACCCGUCGAGCAUCUUCGGACUUUUUCGGAAGAAUCCUCCGAAACGAGGCUGUAAUUUAUAAUUAGACCACGAUAAUCCGUAAAUAGCCAAUCGGAAAGCAGGCUUGUACCCAUAUACAACAGUAGCGUUGUAUAUAUAUCGGGGGAAACUUGGGCAAAAAAACUCGUGAAUUUCGUGUUAAUUUACUAUCUAACAAUACAGGCUAACGCCGGAGUUAAAUCGCCUUGCAAUAUUCUUUUUUGUGUGUAUUAACGUCUCGCUUUGCUCGUUGUAUAUAUCCCGUAGACAACGGCACUCGUUGUCUAUCCUAUACAUAGAUGCCCAAACGAUAACGUGAUUUUUACAAACUUAGCGCAUGGAAUUCAACAAUUUUGUAACUCACAAAAACUUCAUGAAAAUCAUUCUUAUAAUACAGGUAGUAUACAGCUAUACUACAAGUUAUCAUAAGGACAAUUCAGGCCCUUCCCGAAUAAAAGUGUUUUUACAACUUCGUCUGUAAACUUUUUCAGUUAAUUCUCUUUUCAGUAUAAUUUUAAGAAUAUAAAUGAGUAACUGUCUUACACUGCAGAAACAAAGUAUGAUUGAAAUUUACCUAAAUACACUUAUUUAUGUACACAUGGCUACAUUAAUUUAAUAAGAUUUUAGACAUUAAACACAUUGUCUUGGCCUAAUAUAUGUCACUGUCAAUUUUAAAUUUAAAUUUUGUACAUCUCAUAUUUUUCGUGCAAGUCGUGCAUAAUUACCAUCAUGGAAAUACAAUUAUUUUGUUGCGCGUCUUAAAUGGAUAUUCGUUUGAAACAAUUUUAAAAUCACGUGAUCCCGAAGAAUUUCCGACCGAUUACGGAAUUUUUAAGCGAUAAACACGAAAGUAGGAUAAAAUGACCCCCCAUGUCAGUCUAAGAAAAUACAGAAACGAUUAUUUGUUUCUCUGUACAUGUGUUGAUUUCAAGGGAAUAUUGCACGGCUAUCGUAAUGUUUAGUACUAUAUUUCAAAAUGUGUAGUCUUUGUUUAAGAUUUAUGUCUAUUCAUUUGUCUUUAUUUUGCACCUUUAACUAAGCAAAUGCAAAUGCGAUAGUGGUCUGAUAAACCUAAAAUUUUAGUACUUAAAAUUAUGUGACCGGUGUCUUAAAUUUUUAUUCUUUCUGUACUGUUACAUAUUGUAAAUACAUGUGUUUUAAUUGCUGCAAGUUAAAGUUUCCACAAUGCCAGACUGCUUUAGUCCAUUUCAUAGCCUGUACUCAAAAAUGAACUUUCGUUUAAUAAAAUCGAAAGAAAG